AUGGACCACGCUGUGGGCAACUUCACCAGCUCCUUGCAGCGCAUCCUCUACGCGACAGACAAUCCCCAGGUGACUGCGAUCGAUCCAGACGCGACGUCAUUCACGGUGCAGGUGUUCAGCACCCAUGACGAGCGUCCCCUUCUCGAGCACUACCAUACAGCCACCUCUGCGCGAAGCAACACGGUCGGCGUGAAUAACGUUGAUGAAGACACUGUUUUUCGAAUCGGAAGCGCUUCCAAGUUGUGGACGGUCUUGCUACUUCUUAUUGAAACCGGCGAUGCGUCAUUCCACGACCCGAUUUUCAAGUACAUUCCAGAGCUGCGCGAUGUCGUCAGCCAUGCGAAGGGCAACAAUUCCUACGUUGACAGCGUCGACCAUGUUCAGUGGGAGGAUGUUACAGUAGGAGAGAUUGCCAGCCAGAUGGCGGGUCUCGAAAGGUCAUUUGGCCUCGGUGAUCUGGCGCGGACCUCUUUGGCUGGGAAUCUUGGAUUUCCGCAUCUUCGAAGCUCUGCAGUACCAAAAUGCGGUAUUGAGCCAGCGUGUAGUCGAUCAGAAUUCUUCGCCGGCUUGCUCAAAAGACACCCAGUGCUUCCGACGUCCUCAGGCGCUGCAUACUCAAAUGAUGGCUACCAGUUGCUUGCGUAUGCAAUCGAAGCAAUGUCGGGCAUGUCGUACUCGGAACUCCUAGAGAAACGCUUAAUACAGCGGCUUAACCUAACACACUCUUCCUAUGGAAAGCCUGCCGAUCACCUGGGCAUCAUCCCGGAGCCUAGGAAUAUGUCAAACUGGGAUACGGACCUGGGCGACCUAGCACCGACUGGCGGAAUAUACUCCUCGACAAAGGACCUGAACACACUAGGCCGCGCGAUUCUGAACAGUGAGCUUCUUUCCCCUGCGCAAACCAGACGAUGGAUGAAGCCGCACACUCGCACUGCAGACCCAAGCUACUUGGUUGGCGCACCGUGGGAAAUAUACACCGUCGAUGACCCUCGGGCGAUAGAUCUAUAUACCAAGUCUGGAGACCUCGGCGGCUACUCGGCCAUGAUGGGUCUUUCUCCGGACCACGAUGUCGGCUUCGUCAUUCUCGCUGCUGGUGAGAAGACAACUCGAACGGUGUACGCCUUGGCCGAUCUUGUUUCGCAGGGGAUCAUUCCAGGUCUCGAAUCUGCCGCCAAGGAAGAUGCAAGGGACCGAUUUGCCGGUACAUACACCUUAGGUGGCUCUGUUCUUACACUUACAACUGAUGACGGCCCCGGGCUGAAGAUCACAAAAUGGAAUAACAAGGGGAAGGAUAUCCUAGAGACACUGGCAACCCUGCAGCCAGCUGAUAUUGAGGGAGAACUGGAUGUGAGAUUGUAUCCCACUGGACUGGAGAGCCCAGGGAAGGUCUCUUUCCGGGGCAUUGUGUCAGGAGCAGCCCCAACUGGGCCAGCUAAUGGGCCAUUCACGCGCGCCUGUAAGUCAUGGAUGUUGGUAGAUGGCCAGGUGUAUGGGUCGGUCGGCCUUGAUGAGUUUGUAUUUGAUAUGCUAGACAACGGUGGUGCUGUUCGUGUUUCCCCGCGCGCCUUGCGAGUAUCGUUAGCGAGGGUGAGGUAG